CAAUCAGUUAUUUCGGCGAUUUCGCGGUUUCGUUUUAAGGGGGAUAUUUAACAAAAUUAUGAUGAGUAAAAAGAAACUCGCAAUUCCAAUGAGAAAGCCAUUAUCCGAAGAGGAAAAGGCUUAUGAAAAAGCUCUUCAAGAUGAAGAUGAGCUUAAAAGUUUGAAAACCACCGCUAUUGUUUUGGAAAGAAAAAGAUGUGCUAUGAGCAUGUUACGUCCCAUAACACAUAUCAAACUAAAGAAUGUGCUGAAAAAAGAAAGCCAGAAUGUGAACACUGCUCUUAAAGUAAUUAAUAGCGCCGUCAAAAGAAAUGAGUUCUUCCGAAUUUUGGACGAAUUGAGAAAAAUGUUAAGUCAAUAUGAUGACUACAAAAGGAAAAUAAAAGUCAUAAGAGACUAUCUCGCAGAACUGGAAAACCAAAUCUACUUAAAGGAACGGGAGGUUUUGGAAUUGAAAUCGCGACAACUAACAGACCGACAGCACUUUGAAAAAAACAUUAGAGCGAAACGUACUCUAGAGAAUUUAGAGAAAAAACUAGACGUUCAAUAUAAACAAUUUGGAAUGAUAUGCACUGAAAACAAAAUGUUACGACAAACUAUAACCGAUCUAAUAUGCUUAAGAACAAGGUUUAACCAAAAUUGGCAAAGUCUGAUCAAGAAAAUAGUUAAAGGUAAACAUUUCAUGCUUGAUCUAAUUAGACAAGCAAAGAAUACCUUCGAAGAACGAGAAGAAUGGGUGAUAAAAUUGAGAAUAUUGCGUCAAAAAGCUAAUAGAGAUAUGAUGAUUCAUAAUUCGCAAAUGCGUCAAUUGGAUUGUAGGGCAGAUAAUAACAAAAAACUGCACACAUUCCUUACUCUGAAGAGCACCAGGAGAGCAAUAACUGAAAUAGAAAACAGAUUGUGGAAGCGGAAACAAGAAAGGGUCAAGGAAUUGGAAGAUACAGUGACACAUUAUCAUAGCAUAUUAAACGAGAUAUCAGAAUUUAAAGGCGAAAGAAGUAUCCAAGACGUAUCAAAAAUGUACAUCGAACAGGAAUUUAGAAAUUUUUCCAUGUUCAUGCGCAUAGUGGAUGUUAAUACUCACAUAGAAGAAUUAUGUGAAGAGGUCAAUAAAAACUACGAAAAAAUAAAUGAAAACAAAGAAAUUAUUUUCGCGAUAUAUAAGAAGCAAAUAAAAACUAUAAGUGACCUAAGAAAAAAACUUGCGCAACAGGAAAAUGACACGAAUGCUGCAAUAAGGCAACACAAAGAUGUUGAAAAUUAUCUCGAAAAAAUAUUCCAAUCACUUGGAAGACUAUUCAAAAUAUGCAACUGUGAUGAAGAAGAGGCCCAGCUUCCGUUAGAAGCACCCAACAAAAUUACUCAUUUCAAUGCUAUGUCCUAUGUUAGAGUUUUGGAAAAAACAAUACAUCACUACAUACAACAUCACUUAAUAGAAACCCUCCCAAAGGUCUCUACUGUAAGUCAGUUGAAAAGUAGCCCCAAAAUUAAGACCAUAGAAAGUAUCAUAAAGGCAGAUCCUUGUCCUGUUUGUAUGGAACGUAAAUAUGUGACCGAUUUGGUAUUGUGUGCACAACGAGUGUGGACCAAAGAAGAAAUCAAAGAGUAUUUUGCGGACGAUUUCAAAAAGCCUGCGCUCUUUCAUCGGCAAUCGAAAUGCAAUUUGUCGCACUUUUAAAAUUUUCAAUAAGAAAAUAAUCACAAUUAAAUUUUAUUUAUUAAAUAUAUAUAUAGUAAAUUUGUAAA